GGAAAAUAUGGGGCACAAAUGCCAAUGAUGUAACAACAGUCAUCAUUCACUUAACAACUUUACAAGGGGAAAUAACUACAGCACAAGGAGCAAUUAAUAAUGCCUUGAAUAUUCUCCCCGAAACUACUGCAACCGAAAUCACUACUAAAUUAACCACUUUAAUUGACUUACGAGAUAACCACGGAGCAGGUGGUACUCCUGCCGAACAAGUGGCGUGA